GAACAGAAGCAGAAACUGAAACAUAAACAAAAGAAGAAACAGAAAGAGAAAGCGAAGAAGGCACAGCGGAAGCAAUUUAAAUGAAGUUAAGCAGCCGUUCAAAUAGAAACAAAAAUUGAAGGAAAAGAAAAAGUAACAUCUAGAACUCAAAACGGGACAGGUACUCACACAAACGCGGAAUAAUAAACAAAAUUAAUUUUGGAAAACAGGGAGAAAGCUAAAAAAAUUUGUAACAAUUAUAGAAACAGAUUUGAGAAUAGAAUUAGAAACAGAAAUGAAAACAGAAUUUGGUACAGAAAUGUCAAGCAUGCCAGAAACUGCAGCGGCAGCAGCCGAACCACGAAUUGGAGUUUACAAACAAAAUCGAAAACAAAUAAAUAAACUUCAACAACAAAAAAUGCUCACAAAUUAUCGAUCUCACGGCGGUACGCAAGCCCAACUCCCACCUACUCAACACCGCACUCAUGGCUAUUACGCAGAUCAGCGACAACCAACAACAGCAGUGCGCCUACAAGCCGGUAGUUGCAUUUCAGGAGCUGAAAUUUUGAUCCACACUCAAUGCCAAUGGACACCUACUCAAAAUCACAAGCGCAUACCAGCUGCAGCACGCUCUAAGUGCCACUCAGCAGUUCAACCGCGUAACCAGCACAAAUCGUUGAGCACAAAAUCCCGUCGAUCACAGUUUCACAAUUGGCGUGAUUGGCUUUUUCGUGCCCAGGCAUUGCAACCACCUUGGCGCAACCCCCUUACACAACUACUAACAACCUACACGCUGCUGUAUCUGCUAAGCGCGUUGCCCCACGUAAGUGCCGCUUGCCGCGAGGAGUCCGCUCGCGCUUGCGAAGCCAUUUGUACACCGGACGGUCCCGACUGUACGUUGCGCGCACUUUUAUUGCUGCCCGACGAUGACACCUACACGGCUUCGUUGCGUCGCACAAUGCCAGUGUUGCAUUUGGCCGACCAAUAUAUACGCGAAAAUAGUUUAUUGCCACCGCAGUUGAAUUUGGAAUGGAUGACGGGCGAUGUCAAAUGCGAUGCAGCAUAUGCGUCUAUUAAGGCCAUGGACGGCAUCGUAAAGAAUUGUGCACAUGUUGUCUUUGGUCCAGUUUGCGAUUAUGCCCUAGCCGCCGUUAGUCGCAUCGCCAAGUACUUCAAUAGCAACGGCACACCAGUCAUAUCCAUAGGUGGCGCCACCGACAGUUUUGAAGACCAGAAAACAACAUGUGCUGAUGAGUUCUAUAUGCUGGUGCGUCCCGGCGUGCUCAGCUUUAAAAGUCUCUCCCUGAUGAUAAUCGAACUAAUGAAACGCUACAAUUGGUCGAACUCCAUAGCAUUCUACGAACGUGAUGGGCAAAGUAAUGCCGUCGGUGAGCACAGCUGUUAUUUGAUGAUGAAAAGUUUUGGCGAUGAAAUGCGUAAUCUGAAUUUGACAUUUGCACAGUAUUCCAUAGUGCCGGAGCUGCGCAACCGCACCGAGGAGCUAGUACGUGAAAUUGGCAAUAAACACACAAAUAAUGUUAAUGAAAUAUGCGGCGUUAACAGAAAUUUGCCAUGGAAUUUAACGCUUUAA